UAAAAGGGAAAGAAAAAGGUAGAGCCUAUCCAUAAAAUCCUCCAAGUGUGUUUAUAUAAGUUAAGGAAGAAGGAAAUGACCUACAAGAAACUAUAGUGUAUAUAUAUGAAUAGAGAUGUUAGGGUCGUUUUGGUUGGUUUUUGCUUUUGUGGCAGCUGCCGCUUUUGGCAACUGCCAUGUUCAUGGUCACGGAAGGAAUGUAACAUACGAUGGCAGAUCUUUGAUCAUCGAUGGCCAACAUAGGAUUUUCUUCUCCGGUUCAAUUCAUUAUCCUCGUAGCACUCCACAGAUGUGGCCAUCACUUAUAGCCAAAGCAAAGCAAGGGGGCAUAGAUGUGAUUCAAACUUACGUGUUUUGGAACCUCCAUGAAUCCCAACAAGGACAGUACGAUUUUAGUGGAAGGCGUGAUAUAAUAGGGUUCAUAAGGGAAGUCCAAGCCCAUGGCCUGUAUGUUUGCCUCAGAAUUGGACCCUUCAUCGAGAGUGAAUGGACUUAUGGGGGUCUGCCUUUUUGGUUGCACGAUGUUCCUGGGAUUGUUUUUCGAUCUGAUAAUGAACCGUUCAAGUAUUACAUGAGAAAGUGGGUGACAAAGGUGGUAAACAUGAUGAAAUCAGAGAAAUUGUAUGCCUCCCAAGGAGGGCCUAUCAUACUAUCACAGAUAGAGAACGAGUACCAAAGGAUAGAAUCAGCCUUCAAUGGGAAAGGGUCACGCUAUGUUCAUUGGGCUGCAGGCUUGGCUGUGGGACUUGAGACAGGGGUGCCCUGGAUAAUGUGCAGCCAGCAAGAUGCCCCUGACCCUGUGAUCAAUACAUGCAACGGGUUUAAAUGUGGAGUAGAAUUUGAAGGACCCAACUCUCCCCGUAAGCCAUCCAUGUGGACUGAAAACUGGACAAGUUUCUUGCAAAGAUAUGGUCAAGAGGUGUUCAUGAGAUCAGCCACAGAUAUUGCAUUUCAAGUUGCAUUGUUCAUUGCCAAGAAUGGAAGCUAUGUAAAUUACUAUAUGUAUCAUGGAGGAACCAAUUUUGGAAGAACAGCAGCUGCAAAAAUAAUUACAAGUUACUACGAUCAAGCACCUCUUGAUGAAUAUGGUUUAAUUAGGCAACCUUUAUGGGGUCACCUUAAGGAAUUGCAUGCUGCAAUAAGAUUAUGCACAAAUCUUCUACUUUCUGGAGCAUAUGAAACUUCAUCUUUGGGUCAACUUCAAACUGCAUAUUACUUCAAAGGAAAAUCAGGAGACUGUGCUUCUUUUCUGGUGAACAAUGACAACAGCACAAAUGCUAGAGUCCAUUUCCAGAAUUUUUCAUAUAAGUUGCCUCCAAUGUCCAUAAGCAUCCUACCGGACUAAAAUGUAGCCUUUAAUACUGCAAAAGUAAGCAUACAGUACAAUACAAGAUCAAUGAUAGUAAGACACAAGUUUGAUUCGAUUGGGAGAUGGGAAGAGCACAAAGAGCCUAUCCCUACCUUUUCAAAUACCUCGUUGAGAGCCAAAAAAUUGCUAGAUCAUAUGAGUACAACAAAAGAUACAUCUGAUUACCUUUGGUACACCGUCAGCUUUCAGCAUGACUUUGAUGCUCAAGCUGAACUUUCUGUGCUAUCUGAUGCACAUGUGUUACAUGCCUUUGUCAAUGGAGCAUACACAGGAUACGCAUGCGGUGGCAAAAGGAACUUCGUCCUGGAGAAUACAGUUAACUUGAAAAAUGGAACAAAUAAUAUCGCCUUACUUAGCGUUAUGAUUGGAUUUCCGGAUUCAGGAGCGUACCUUGAGAGUAAGACUGCAGGUAUACGGAGUGUGAGGAUUCAGAACAAAUAUCUCAAUAACUAUCUAUGGGGAUAUCAGGUUGGGUUGUCAGGAGAAAAUUUGAGAAUAUUUACCAAACAUGGAUCGGAUAAAGUUCAAUGGAGUAGGUUUCAAGACAAACAUCAUCGCUUAACAUGGUACAAGACUCUAUUUGAUGCAUCUGCAGGAAAUGAUCCACUAGCACUGAACCUUGGUUCCAUGGGAAAGGGUGAAGUUUGGGUUAACGGCCAAAGCAUUGGCCGAUAUUGGGUCUCAAUUCACACACCGGAACACAGGCCUUCACAAACAUGGUACAACGUACCUCGAUCCUUCCUGAAACCUACAGGAAACUUGUUAGUUCUACUGGAAGAAGAAUAUGGGGACCCUCUCAGGAUUUCAUUGGACAGUGUCUCAAUUACAAAAAUAUGUGGACAUGUCUCUGAGUCGCAUUUGUCCCCAGUGGCUCAAGGUCAGAUCAGUGGAGUGAACUAUAACAAGGAUCAUGCCGGAAAACCUAGGGUUCAGCUCUAUUGUCCUGCAAACAGAAAUAUUUCCAGGAUACAGUUUGCAAGCUUUGGAACCCCGUCCGGUGAUUGCGACAACUAUACCAUUGGAAACUGUCAUCUAUCUAAUUCCAGAGGCAUUGUUGAAAAGGUUUGUCUGGGAAAGAAGAAAUGUUCCAUCUUCCUCUCGGAUCAACGUUUUGAUGGUGACCCAUGUCCGGGCAUCCCUAAAACUUUGUUAAUCGAUGCACACUGCACAUGA